CAACUACCUAAAUUCACCCGCAUUCCUUCGUUUCAUCCUGCUGGAUUAUUCGUUCGUGUCAGGCGAGGCGAUCCUCAUCUCGAGCGCGCGGAGGUCAUCCACCCGCUCCCCACCCCAUCCCUUCGUCGCUACGCAAUUUCGCGGCCGCCUCCUAAUAAUAGUCGCUGUGGGCAGUGGAGAGCACCGCCAUGGGAGCGCUCGAGGAGCCCCACCUCGCCGCCGCCCUGGCCGCCGCGUGCGCGUGCGAGGAGGACGAUGGUCUCGAGCUGCUUGGUGGGGACGGCGAGGCGGCGGCGGCGGGCGACGCCAUGGAGCCGGCGGUGCGCGCGCUGCUGGUGGGGCUCGGCGAGGACGAGCGCCGCGAGGGGCUGCGCCGGACGCCCAAGCGCGUCGCCAAGGCCUUCCGCGACGGCACCCGAGGUUACCAAAAAAAAGUAAAGGACAUUGUGCAAGGUGCUCUGUUUCCAGAGGUUGGUGUCAAUAAAAGGACUGGCUCUGCUGGUGGAACUGGAGGGCAAGUUGUUGUUCGAGAUAUUGAACUUUUUUCAUACUGUGAGUCAUGCUUGCUUCCAUUCAGCAUACAAUGCCAUGUUGGAUAUGUACCCUCUGGUGGAAGGGUUGUUGGGUUAAGCAAGCUUUCUAGAGUAGCAGAUGUCUUUGCCAAGAGGUUGCAAAACCCUCAAAGACUAGCUAACGAAGUCUGUGGUGCUCUGCAUGCUAGCAUUCAACCUGCUGGUGUGGCUGUUGCUUUGCAUUGCUGGCACAUUCCUUUGCCAGAAAACUUGGAAUGCAAGACUUUGCAAGGUUGGAUAAGAACUUCACAUUCAUCUCGCUCUGGAGUUUUCGAGGUUGAGAACAACUCCUUUUGGCACGACUUCUUGGCUCUUCUUAAGCUAAGGGGCAUAGACAUGGAGAUGGACAAUCAUUCUGUCUCUCAUUCUUGGUGCCCCUUAGGGUCUCAUGAGGUUCUACUCUUCAAUGGGCACUGCAAAAAGGGCACAGCCAAUGGCGCAGUUUCACCCAAAUCUGCUCCCAGCCCCUCUAACAUGGUUUCUGCUGUUAGCUCAAUGCUCCUAUCCCUUGGAGAGGAUCCUCACAGGAAAGAACUUUUAGGUACUCCUCAGCGUUACGUGCAGUGGCUGAUGAAGUUCAGAGCAUGUAAUCUUGAGGUGAAGCUGACUGGAUUUACACUUAAUAGUGCUAUUGUAUAUGGGAGACCAGGUGGAGAUGCGGCUGAUCGUCGAGCAAUCCAUUCUGAGCUGCAUUUGCCAUUUUGUUCUCAAUGUGAGCACCAUCUUCUGCCCUUCUAUGGGGUAGUGCACAUUGGUUACUUCGACAAUGGAAGCGGAGAAGGCAUUGAUCGGUCACAUUUUCAGGCCUUGGUUCAUUUCUAUGGAUGCAAGCUUCAAGUUCAAGAAAGGAUGACAAGGCAGAUAGCUGAAGCAGUUUAUUCUGUUUCACAUAGUGGGGCCAUGGUUGUUGUAGAGGCCAACCACAUUUGCAUGAUAUCUAGGGGAAUAGAGAAAAUCAGGAGCAGCACUGCAACAAUUGCAGUUUUGGGCCAGUUUUUGACCAACCCUUCUGCCAAGGCAUGCUUCUUGCAAAAUGUUUUAGAUACAGCUGGUUCGGUGGUAUGAAUUGUAUCUCUAGCAAAAGAUACAUGGUAUUUAAUUCCGUGUUGUCAUUUUAGAAAAGCACUGCAAGAAAAAAAUCAUAUGGUUGGAAGUUACUAUCCAGUGGUGGCAAUGUUUGCCGAUCUACUGAUCCUUUGUCAUUACCAUACAAAAUAUCCUUUGCUUGAUGACUGCAAAUUCUCGUCGUCGAAGACUAUCAAGGAUAUCACAAGAAAGCAUCAAAGGGGUUUGGUUCUCUUGUGUUGUACCCUGUCAUUUGUACGGCACUUCAAAUAAAUAGUGAUAGUUACAACUGUGCCAAGAAAAAUAUUUACUUAGAUAUGUUUAGAUUGUUGUCAAAUUAUCAUUCGUUGUUGCAAUUUCGUCGAGAUCA